AUGACAGUCCAGUCUCCGAUGUACUGGGAGCACCAUCCCCAUAACCCUUUCAACUGGCCGCGUUGGAAGAAAUGGAUGUCGAUGCUAACGUCAUGUUGGGUCACCUUCAUUGUCGGGUUGAACGCCACGUCUAUCACCACCGCAGCCGACGCAAUAUCCGCCGAAUUCCAUUUGGCCAAUGGAAUAUUUGAAUAUAACUUUUUUGCUGUUACGGCAUGGAACGCUGCGGCUGCAUUUGUCCCACUAGUGACGCUCCCAUUAAUGGAGACUUAUGGCAUGAAGUUGGGCUUUUUGGCAGCAUAUGGUCUCUUCACGAUCUUUCUGAUCCCACAGGCCUUGGCCCAAAAUUUCGCCACGCUUGUUGUUUGCCGGGCUAUGGCUGGCGCCUUCGGAGGAACGUUGCAAAAUUGCGCAGAUGGAAUAGCGUCGAAUCUAUUCCUGCAUCACCAAGAACGGGUCUUCCCUCUAACCUUGUAUACAUUCGCCUUGUUAUUUGGGGUGACAAUGGGGCCUGUUCUGGGUGCAGUUGCGGAGCCAUUAGGGUGGCGAUGGAUAUUCUGGAUUGAGUUGAUUAUAUACGGCGCGUUCACUCCGGUUGUUCUCUUUUGUAUGAAGGAAACCCGAGGCCCAUUACUUCGUGUGAAGCUGAUGCCUGACGAGGCUUCGCCGGGGGUGUCAGACGAUAGCGAGACCCUGGGAACGUUUAAGGAAACUAUAGCCCGAUCAGCUGUUCUUCUUGCAACCGAGCCAACCAUUACCUCCUUUACAUUGUGGUCCGCAUUUGCGUUUGGCCUGGUCUUCAUUUCCACCCAGUCAAUCCCCCUCGUCUUCAGUGACACUUAUGGCUGGCCAUCGUACACCGAUGGUGUAGUCCAGGCUGCCAUAGGCAUUGGUCAAGUCAUUGGCCUCGUCGCAUGCACUCUACAAAACCGAGUUUACACCCGAAGUGCUUCAUACAACCCGGACAGCCUUGGAAUCCCAAUUCCUGAGUAUAUCCUGCAUCUUUCCAUUCCCAGCACAGCCUUUGCGCUAGCAGGUGGCCUCUUUAUGUACGGUUGGGGUAUAUACCAGUCCCACUGGAUCGUUCUGGCUGUGGCCCUGGCUCUGAUCGGAUAUGCAAGUAUGGUCAUUGUCACCGCGGUUAGUAUCUAUAUCACGGAUUCCUAUGCCGGCUAUGCAGCCAGUGCUAUCGCGGCUGUCGCAUUCGGAGAGAACAUCUUCGCAGCGUUCUUGCCAUUAGCAGCUAAGCCAAUGUAUGUUCGGCUGGGCUAUCAAUGGGCGAGCAGUCUACUAGCUUUUGUGGCGCUGGCGCUGACUCUAGCACCGGUGGUCUUACUAUGGAAGGGAAGAACUAUCCGAGCGAAGAGCGUUGCAAUCAAAAAGAUGUCGCAUUCCCAUUUUUAA